ACAACUAAGUUACUUCUCAAAUCUGUGUCUGUGUCUCGGGACUCACAUACCUCCAGUAUCAGUGCCUGGUCUCCUCUAAACUGUGCUUCCCGUACCUGAAGACAAUGAAUCACAUUUCCGCCAAUCAGUCGCUGACAAACCUCAUACGGAAUGGACGCUGUGAAGCCGGUUUAUCUUCUCCUCAUCUGUCAAGGCUUCUAUCUGGGUUCUGAAGGUCAAUAUUGGACGAUCCCUUCUACAAUCACUGCUCUGAUUGGCUCCUGUGUGGAGAUUCCUUGUACAUUUAUUCUGGGGACCUCGGAAUUAAUCCGUUCUGUAUGGUACUUACAUAUUAGAGGAGGAUAUGCAAAGAUCCUAAACUCCGAGGACUCGUCUUCAGUACUGCAGGAAUACAGAGGUAGAACCUCACUGGUCCCAGGUCAGGGCUGUACCCUGAGGAUAGACCCUGUGAGGAGAGAAGACGGGAACAGACAGUAUUAUCCAGGGGCCACAGGAGAUGCAUCUUUUAAUGCAUAUGAUCAACAAUCUACUACAGUAAAUCUCCUUGUUACAGCUUCAGUGAAUAUGCAGCUUAAUGGAUUAAGAGCUAUGACUGAAGGCGAAGCCAUCGCUAUAAGAUGUACAGCAGAUCACACAUGUCGCUCCAGUCGUCCUAGUAUACAAUGGAACAAACCCGGGCAAGUUGUGUAUUGGUCGCUGGAGAAUUCUGGAGGAUCCUGGAGAGAAGAAUCACAACUCACAUAUAUCGCUUCAUAUGAAGAUAAUGGGAGUCAACUUCAAUGCAUCGCAACAUAUCAUAAUGGACAACGUUAUAUGGUGUUCAGAAAUCUGAUCAUCUACCAUGGACCAAAAAAUGUGAUUGUCACCGUCAUUGGGAAAAAUGAAGUAAUAGAGGGAAGUAAUGUGACUUUACAAUGUAACAGCGUCUCCAAUCCCGAUGUAUCUAAGUAUGAAUGGUACAAAGGGAAAAAGAAAACCAGAUUAGAGUAUACAGGACGAAAAAUCAUAGUGAGGAAAGUGACCGGGAACAUGGAGCCCUAUUCCUGUGCUGCUAUAAAUCUUAUGGGGAGAGGAGAAUCAGCCCUGAUGGAGAUACCUGUACUAUAUGCACCAAAAAAUUUGAUUGUCACCGUCAUUGGGAAGGAUGAAGUAAUAGAGGGAAGUGAUGUGACUUUACAAUGUAACAGCGUCUCCAAUCCUGAUGUAUCUGAGUAUGAAUGGUACAAAGGGAAAAAGAAAACCAGAUUACAGUAUACAGGACCGGAGAUCACAGUGAGGAAAGUGACCGGGAACAUGGAGCCCUAUUCCUGUGCUGCUAUAAAUCUUAUGGGGAGAGGAGAAUCAGCCCUGAUGGAGAUACCUGUACUAUAUGAACCCCCUGGUACAAGUAGCAGUAUCGUUCCAGCAGUAAUUGGAGUGAUCUGCCUACUACUCCUUGUCCUGCUUGUCUACUGUUGUUGGAGAAAGAAAUGCCAGAAAAUAAAAAGCAAUGAGACUGAAACAUCUCCAGAUGACGCAUAUGUUAACCUGCGAAAAGAAGACAUUGGGUGCGAUUACAAUGAAUUAAAGCCUGAGAUCUCCACAAACAUCGGAGGACAUAGAGGAGCAGCUAUGGAAUAUGAGAAUGUAAAUUCAAUCUAAUCUAAGGAUCGUCCAAUCAUUUACUAAACAAAAAGAAGUCAAUAAAAAAAAAAACAUCAUAGAUAAUUAUAGAUGGAUCCUCAACAUCAACGUCUGGAGUCAUUACGAACACCUGAGAAUUUUCUGCAGAGGGGAAGACUUAUGUACAUACAUUUCCAAUGUCUUAUAAUGUAAAACUGUAAUGGCAGCAUCUUUAUUGCCAAAUCAAAAGAUUUUAAGGCAGCAGGAAGCCUUUCUCAGAUAAGACAGCAAUAAGCCUGCUCCGACAGAAACUACUGUGACUGAGCUUUAUACUGCCUUAAAAUCUUAUCAGCAGUAUUACAAGCUCCCUCUUCACAUCACUGGUCUCAUUCUGAGCAGACAGGAGAGGAGGGGGUUUGGGGGGGGGGGGGGGGGUAGGAGCUCUGCAUUUAGAGAGUGUAAUGUGAUGUUACAGCUACAAGCCAGAGAGCAUAGCUGAUCAUGGAGAGAUCUGUGGAGUAUGGCUAAUAACAUUAUAUUAUAUCAGCUGCAUUAUUAUUCUUUUUGACACCAUACAUAGGUUGUUUCUGGACAACCCUUUAGCUUCUUACCUCUAUGUCCAGUUUUGGCCUUUAUGAAACAAUUUUUCCCCUUCAUUUUUGAAGCUUCCAUUUGUUGAGGCAGCAACUUCAUCUACCGUACAAGGAUUAUUAGGUCCAUAAGGUAAAUACAGGUACUGGGUUCUUACUCAACCCUCAAAAAAUAGCAUCUUUCUUGUUACAAUGAUCACUUAAGAAUAAUUACAGUGUCACUAGAGCUCUGUCUUCACUUUUUUCCCUUUUGCUAUAUGUAUAUAUGCUAUAUGUAUUAAACACAUUCAGGACAUUGGACGUACCUGUAUGCCCUAGUCCCGCUCCCAUUGUAUGAAGCAUGUUGAGGAGCUGAGAAGGCUUCAUAUCUGGUUGUUCCCGGUUGCUAUGAGCAGCUAGGACCCAUGAAUAAUGCCGGACUUUGCCGAUCAGACAGAUGUCUGGCAAAAAAAAAUGUAGACACCCCCAUCAAAGU